AUGGGCCAGGGGAAUAAAACGCAGACAGGGGUGAAUGAGUUCAUUCUGCUAGGGCUUUCCAGUGACUGGGGGACUCAGGUCUUCCUCUUCGUCUUGAUCGUGGCCAUGUACUUGGUGACUAUUGUGGGAAAUUUCCUCAUUCUUCUUCUAAUCAGGCUGGACAGCAGGCUUCAUACCCCCAUGUAUUUCUUCCUUAGUGUUUUAUCUUUGGUGGACCUUUGUUAUACAAACAGUUUUGCCCCACAAAUGUUGGCCCACCUGCUUUCAGUCCAGAAGUCCAUCCCAUUCAUGAGUUGUGUGCUCCAGCUCUACAUAUCCCUGGCAUUGGGUGGAUCUGAGUUCUUCCUGCUGGGAGCCAUGGCCUAUGACCGCUAUGUGGCCGUGUGCCACCCGCUGCGCUACACAGUCAUCAUGCACGGAGGGCUGUGCCUGGGGCUGGCUGCCGGCUGCUUGGUGGCUGGUUUUGUGAAUUCGCUGAUGGAAACAAUCAUUACCUUCCGGCUUUCCCUGUGUCACAAUGUUAUUAAUCACUUUGCCUGUGAGAUCUUAGCAGUUCUACGGCUAGCCUGUGUGGAUAUCUCCUUCAACAAGGUCAUGGUGGCCAUCUCAGGAUUCCUGCUGAUCAUGCUUCCCUUUUCCCUGGUUCUGUUCUCCUACGGUCGUAUAGUUGCUGCUGUUCUGCACAUUCGUUCUUCUCAGGGACGUAGCAAAGCCUUUGGGACGUGCGCCUCCCACCUCACUGUGGUUUGUAUGUGCUUUGGGGCUACCAUUUUCACCUACCUGAGGCCACGGUCAGCAUCCUCAGUGGAAGAGGAGAAGACGGUUGCUUUAGUCUAUGCUGUGGUGGCUCCUAUGUUGAACCCCUUGAUUUACAGCUUGAGGAAUAAGGAAGUUAUGGCUGCUCUCCAUAAGGUUUUAGAGAAAUUCAGAGGCAGGGGGUAAAGUAAGAACUUCUUGUUAUCUAUC